AUGAUAGUUAAUUUGAGUGCUGGUCAAUUAGCAGUGCUAAUUGGUGUUAUCAGCACUUUGCUACCAAUAGUUAUUGGUGCGAUAGGUGUCACAGUGAUAUUGAAUAAUAUUAGUGAUAAAAUGACAGCCUUAGAAUGGACAACCUUAAGUAAAUUAACUCAGCAUAGUCUGUUUAGUUUUUAUGGGGCAGGUGGUCAACCGGCAUUAAUGUUGUAUGGUGUAUCAGCUAUUGCACCGCUUGGCAUUCAGACUUGUACAGUAAUGUAUAACGCAUCUGUUGAUAUGGAGAUUGUCGAUCCGGAUUUACUUAGUCGUGCGGUUAAUAAUAUGUUUUCUCUGGAUCAGCUAUCACAAAUUAGGUUAUGUCAUUUAUGCACGGGAAUGAAGGAUCAUUUGCAUGUAGAUGCGGCAUAUUUAGCUGACUUUAACAAAACAUAUAGUAGCAAUGCAAUGAGGUACCGUAUGUUGACAACAAGCAGAAUUGGUAAUAUUUCAUAUCCUAGCGGCGAUUUUAUGAUGGGAGUUGUUACAAGCACACAAACGGGUUAUAAUAUCAUUGACAGGAUGAUUGUUGAUCAUUAUAACGGCGGACUCUUGAUGAAUCAAGCGAUUCAACCUGGAGAUAAAGUUGGCAAAAAAUUCAACUGGGCGAUUGAAGGCAUGUGGUUACAACCGCAUGUCAGUUGUCAAUCAACUAACCUUACAAAGAUCGCAUGGGAAAAUAAAACAGGAAUUUUUAACUGGGUAGCAAAAAUGGUUAUUCCCAAUACCAAUUUACAACCACCAAAUAUACACCCACUUGGUGAUAAAGGACAAAAAAUCGAUCUCUCAUCAAGGAGUAUCAAGUACAGUCAGUUGAUACAAUCAAUUAUCAUAGAACAAAUGAAUAUGACAACCAAUGGAAAUUUUCUUAAGUCUUCAGUGUAUAAAAGCAUCAGGGAGCCAAAGACUAUCGAGACUUUCGACCUCUUCUUUUUCCUCAGACUCGAUUUCAAUUCAACACUUGAAUCUGAUAUGAAAAUUAGAUGCGCUGGGUUUGGCUAUGAAGACAAUGUUGCAGAUAAUAUUGUUGGCGUCAAAUGCUGGACAUUAUUAGGACCACCCAAAAUUACUGAGAGAGGAGUCGAACAAAUCUUAUACGCCUGUGCUGGCGCAGUUGAAGCUAGCGUAAAGGUUAUUGAAUUGCAAUCUGAUGAACAAAAGCAAAUCAGUGUAUUGUACAUGCAAACCAUUCCGGCCCAUUGGUAUAUUGAAAAGGCUAAUAAUAGUAUUUCUUAUAUGGAUCCUUGGUGGGGAGGAGUCAAAUUUGGAGAAAAAAUUCCUAACAACAGCAUAUUAGUAAGCAAUAAUAGUCUUUGGUUACCAACAGGAAAGUCCUUCUCUUGGGGUACUUCCGCUGAUGCACAAACUGCUGGUGUCCCUGGUACUGCGUUGAAUAUAAUAACAGAUUUUAGUGGUAAUGACAUCUAUGGUUAUCGUAGUUAUCGUGGAGACGGUAUCAGAAACCUGGCUCUACUGCAGCAAUGGAAAGAGGAGGGCACAAGCGAAGAAGGCAUAAAUCGUAUGUUCCAACGCCAAUGGACUGAUAUCGUUGUUAAUAUGGUAUUUCCUACUAGCCAAACUAAGGUCACUGGUCCCAUCCAAUUUAUGAUGCAUAAAACAUGUUAUGACAUGCGAUUCGCCAUGCAGUAUUAUAUAGCCAUAAUCGGACUCAUAAUUAUACUAUGCGUAGAACUUACUAAUCAUAGGAGGAAUUCAUUAACCAGAAUUAAACAAAUUAUUCGGCAAAUGGAUCUUGGUAGAGCAAUACUGAACACGCAAGCUAUUGCAGAUGCAAGUACAGCAGACUCAUCGGAGUGGGUAAAAGCCGAUGGCAAAAAGUUAUUAGAAAUGGGAAAGGCGGGUUUUAUUUAG